CGUAAGACAAGUGAACAAGAAGCUCAGUGUGACGUAUAUCCAGUGUUUUUAUCAGGGCAGGUGAAAGGUGUCCGGUGGGCGGGGCUUGUUGCAGCUCGUGCCUUCUGCUCUGAGCUGAUAGAGCUCGUGCUCUCAGAGUGACGCUGCAGCGCGAGCUCAGUGAGCAGAGAUGAGCUCGCGGACAACAUGAAGAAGAGGAGGAAGAGUGAGGAAGAGGAGGAUUAUUGUUCUUCUUUGUUGGUGUGAAGAUGUUCUGCUGCUGCUGCUGCUGCUGCUGCUGGAGCUUUACCGUUUCAUCGAACCAUCUUCCACUGAGGCUCCUCCCACUCCUCUGACAUCACAGCGAGGAACUGGACACAGCGUCACAGAGGAGACGACCCACUGAGGAGGAGGAGGAGAGUGUGAGCAGGAUGCUGCCGUGGAGCGCUGACCAACAAUUCAACAAAAGACCUGAAGAAGAAGAAGAGGAGGAAGAGGAGGAAGAGGAGGAGGAACAGUCUAUUCCUCCUCCUCUUCCUGUUGAUAUAAUGAUGACAGACCCCACCGACCAACCGCAGGCUGUGACUAACCCUCAGGCCAAUCGGGACAUCAGCUGGGACUCAGGGGAGGACAUGGCGGUUGUGUUACCAUGGCAACAGCAGGAGGAGGAGCGUGAUGAAGAGGAGACGCAGGCGGUGGCCUCGUCACCCGACGGACGAUUCCUCAAGUUCAACAUUGAGAUCGGACGAGGCUCCUUCAAGACGGUUUAUAAGGGACUGGACACCGAGACCACGGUAGAGGUGGCCUGGUGCGAGCUGCAGGUAACACACCUGUGCACACCUGCACACAACUAUACACAACUGCACACACCUGCACACACCUGUACACACCUGUGCACACCUGCACACAACUAUACACAACUGCACACACCUGUACACACCUGUGCACACCUGUGUAUGAACAUAUAAACGUAUAAACAUACUGUAUCAACAUAUAAACAUACUGUAUAAACAUAUAAACAUAUAAACGUACUGUAUAACCAUAUAAACAUAUAAACAUACUGUAU